GGUUUCAGUGCUCUCAUCCCCAUGUGUCUGUGCGUCCCGCCCCGGCAAUGCAAUGGCCCACUGUGUCACACGUCGCAUCUCCCUCACGCGCAUCAUCCAUCCAUCCAAUGCAUCAGGCACGUGGCACUGUGUGUGUCUGCCGAUCUGCGCAGGUACCUCAGCACCUCCCUGUUUCGGAGGACCGCUGACUGACCAGCCAGUCAACACACACACACACACACACACACGGCACCCAACACGCAGACACCAGGGUGGCACCCAACAGUGUGGACAGACAUCUGUCCAGACCAAAAAGAACUCCAAGCAGCGCGCCUUUCGUCUCCAUUACAGCUACGCUCCCACGAUGGCUACACGUGAAAAUAACAACAUGAGCCGGCACGCACGUCACACAUCCAUUAGGCUGCGCCGCAGUGUCGGCAAGCUCUCGCCCGCCAGCGCCAACAAAUAAUGUGGACGGCCAUCUGUCCAGCCAAAAAUCACAGUUGCACAAACAAAGUGGAUGGGUCAGACACAGUAAAGUGACACAGUGCACGACAGACAACCAAGGCAGCACACGUAGCGCAAGUAAGCCACAGUACGCCCACACGACUUGCCCGCCCACAUCGAGCCCAUGUAUGGGACAGGUUCAGUGCUUGCCAGUCGAGAUGACUGCAAAAAUCACACAACCAUCGCAUCCCGCAUGCACACAUUGAUGGACCACAUACACCCCACCCAUCACACACCAUGGAUGGAGGCAUCCACCGACUACUUAGCGGAGGGCUCGCUGGCCCUUCAGGGCAGCGAUCUCGGCUUCCAGCGCUUCCACUUUCGCCUGCAGCUGCUGGGCGACUAUCAUUGUCUGCCACACACAAGCGAACACACAACACACAGCAAAGGAGGGACACGGAUACACACAUACAUGUGAAGCCUCGAUUGACACGUGUGUGCUAUUCACCUUGUAGAGGAGAGCGUAUUGGUUCACAUGGAUGCUCUCUUCGGGCUCCGGGGUGCCCACGAGGUGUGCUCGAUCAGUCAUCACCGUGUCAGGGAAGAUCGCCUGUGUGGAUGGGACGCCAAAAAGACAGACGCAUCAACGGACAGAGCCGAGUGAAGAGGAACGGUGGUCUCGGGCUGCUCCAUCGCACCCACCUUAAGCUCCUCGCCAAUCACGCCCGUGAGUGGGGUCUCCGCCUCCGCCUGAAGCCCACGUCCGACCUCCUUACGCUGUCAGAGCGACAACACACAAAGGGAGAAGUCAUUCCACCCACCCACCCACACCCUCCAUCGGUAUCGUGGCGUGGGUGCCUCCCUACCUUGUAUGUGUGCAUCUUGAUGAACCUGAACCGCUCGUAGGUGUUGCCUCGCUCCUGCUCGGGCAUGAUGUCCACUUGGGACAGACUGCUGCGGGUAACCAUGCCGUCCCGGUCGAAGACUCUGUCGGUGAAGACUCUCCCCACCAUCAUGCCCGUUCCGCAGCCAACCGACCCUGCACCGACAGACAGACAGACAGACAGACACACAGACAUUAGAGCUCAUGGUGUCGAGCUCAUAUCCGCCUGCAUCCACUACGGCGUGCAAAGACCUACCGUAUUGAUGCAUAGGCCUUCCGUUGGUCUCAUCUGCCGCCACAAGCCCUGGAUCAGGUUUGCCUCGAGCGGUAAGCUGGCACUGUAAGCCAAACAUGCACACAAACAUACAGACAAUCAGACAGACACGUGGUCGAAUGCCCAUCCCCAUCCUAUCUAUGUACCUCGUCAAGCGCAAUUUCCUGAACAAGACACCGCAAGCCACGUCAAUAUGUCAGGAUGGGCGUAUUGGUUGUUUGGCCGCCUGCCCUUACCGUCGGCUUGGCGUCCCUUAGGAGCGGUUCAUCGAUUUGAUCGGGUGGCCUGCAGGCCAUCCACAUCUUCCCCCCGCCGGCCGCCGGCGGUGGAUACGCUGAUGCUGGCGUUGCUGUCACUGCUGCCAGAGCAACAAGGAAGACGUUGAGGAGGCAAGCCAUGAUACACACACGGAGAUCUGAGACGCGCGUCCAGGUAGGCGCGGUUCACGCCAGGCCGAGGGAGGGGGAAAAGAGGAGGGGGACCGGGGCGGCUAUCGGCGAGUGGGGAUCGCGUUU